GCGGCGGAGAGAAUGAGAGUGAUAGGGAUGGUGAUGGUGGGAAGUUGCCAUUUUAAGAAGGACUUGGUUGGCGGCCGCAACCGGACUCGGGUUUUGUGCUUCGCCAUCAGUUCUUAUGGUGAUAUCUGGUCAGGCUCUGAAGGUGGAGGAAUCAAGGUCUGGCCCUGGGAAGCCAUUGAAAAGUCCCUCUCUCUAUCAGUUGAAGAGAGACAUAUGGCUGCCUUAUUAAUUGAGAGAUCAUGUAUUGACCUUAGGAACAACUGCACUGUUAAUGGCGUUUGUCCUCUACCUCCUUCAAGUAUAAGACAUUUGGUAUCAGAUAAUGGUAGAUCUAAAAUAUGGAGUGCUUCUAGUCUAUCCUUUGCACUUUGGGAUGCUCGCAAAAGGGAGCUCCUGAAAGUGUUUGGUGUUGAUGGCCAAGUUGACACCCGGUUAAUUGAGGCCUCACAGAACCAGGAUCCACAUGUAGAGGAUGAGGUGAAAGUAAAGCCUGUUUCAACAAAGAAGGAAAAAUCACAAGUUGGUUUUCUCCAACGUUCACGGAAUGCCCUGAUGGGUGCUGCUGAUGCUGUUCGAAGAGUUGCAUCAAAGGGAACAUUUGGAGAAGAUAGUCAGAGAACAGAAGCAUUAGCAAUAGCGAAAGAUGGCAUUAUUUGGUCUGGAUGCAAUAAUGGCUCUCUGAUUCAGUGGGAUAGUAAUGGGACUCGGUUGAAUGAAAUUCAAUAUCACGCAUAUGCGGUUAAGAGCAUUUGUACCUUUGGGACACGCUUGUGGGUGGGGUAUGUUAGUGGGACCAUUCACUUGAUGGAUCUUGAAGGAAAGUUGCUUGGGGGAUGGGUUGCUCAUAGCAGUCCAGUGAUUAAGAUGGCUGUUGGAGGUUCAUAUAUCUUUACGUUGUGUAAUCAUGGUGGCAUUCGUGGGUGGAAUCUUACAUCUCCAGGACCCAUUGACAAUAUCUUGCACUCGGAGCUGUCAAAUAAAGAGCUUUUGUACACAAAACAAGAGAAUAUUAAAAUCUUGUGUGGUACUUGGAAUGUUGGUCAAAUAAGAGCAUCUCGUGAUUCUCUUAUAUCAUGGCUAGGUAAAGCAGCAACGGAGGUUGGAUUGGUUGUUGUUGGGCUGCAAGAGGUGGAAAUGGGUGCUGGUUUUCUUGCCAUGGCUGCAGCAAAAGAAACUGUAGGACUUGAGGGGAGUGCUAAUGGGCAAUGGUGGUUGGACGCUAUUGGGAAGACCCUUGAUGAAGGAUCAUCUUUUGAACGUGUUGGUUCUAGGCAGCUGGCUGGUUUGCUUAUAUGCGCUUGGGCUCGGAAAAGUAUUAGGCCACAUAUUGGUGAUGUUGAUGCUGCGGCAGUGGCAUGUGGAUUUGGACGGGCAAUUGGGAACAAGGGAUCUGUUGGUUUAAGGAUGCGGGUCCAUGGGCGAAAAAUUUGUUAUGCAAACUGUCAUUUUGCUGCACAUUUGGAGGCAGUUAGCAGGCGAAAUGCCGACUUUGAUCAUAUUUAUCGAACAAUGUCUUUCAGCAGGCCCUCACACGGCUUGACACCGUCAGGUGGUGCGUCAUCUACUGCUCCAUUAAACCGUGGAGGCAAUGCCACAGCUAAUGUCGAUGACGGAAGGCCUGACUUGUCAGAAUCAGACAUGGUUGUAUUUCUUGGUGAUUUCAAUUAUCGACUUCAUAGCCUUUCAUAUGAUGAGGCAAGAGACAUGGUUUCACAAAGAUGUUUUGAUUGGCUUAGAGAAAAAGACCAGCUUCGAGCAGAAAUGGAAGCAGGCAGGGUCUUUCAAGGAAUGCGUGAAGGAGUAAUCACGUUCCCUCCAACAUAUAAGUUUGCAAGACAUGUACCAGGUUUAGGAGGCUAUGAUUGCGGUGAGAAGAAGCGUAUUCCUGCUUGGUGUGAUCGGGUAUUAUAUCGUGACAGCCGCUCUAUAUCAAUGGCUGAAUGCUCACUGGAGUGUCCUGUAGUCAGCUGUAUCACACAGUAUGAGGCUUGCAUGGAUGCCACAGACAGUGAUCACAAGCCUGUCAGGUGCAUAUUUAAUGUUGAAAUUGCACGUGCAGAUGAAUCAAUAAAGAGGAAACAAUUUGGAGAAAUUGUUUUAUCAAAUGAGAAAAUAAAAUCUUUGCUUGAAGAUUAUUGUGUUGUUCCUGAAACUAUUGUUAACACAAAUGAUAUCUACCUUCAAAACUCUGAAAAGUCUAUAUUACAAAUUUCUAAUAAAUGUGAGAAGAAUAAAGCUACUGUCGAAGUCAUCUGUCAAGGCCAGUACACUAUCAAGGAGGAAGGAAGUGCAUCUAUCCUCUGUGCGAAGGGCUCCUUUGGCUUUCCUCUCUGGCUACAGGUCCAACCAGCAGUUGGUGUUGUAAACCCAGGCAAAAGCAUUGAAGUAUCUGUACACCAUGAAGAAAAUUCUACUCAAGAAGCAUUUGUGGACGGAAUUAUAAGUAGCCGACGGUGCGAAGACAUUAUGGAGAAAGAAGCCGUGCUGUUAGUGAAUGUAAUGGGUAAUUACUCGACCAAGCGAAUAACUCACCGGGUAAAUGUCCAUUGCUGUUAUUCGGACAGGCUGUCCAGUGGGGAAAAAGGAAUUUCUAAGAGAGUUCAAUCAAACCAUCUUGGUGCUGAUUUUGCUGCAGACCUGGAAAGUAACACAGAUUUGGUUCAGGACUCAUGUACAAACCCCUGAUCAUUGUACUGAUACUUCAUAAAAGAUGAAUUUUUUGGAGAAAUUGAGGUAACUUUAGAUCAAUUCUUUAUUCUUUUGUACAUAUUAGCUAACAUGCAAAAUGUUCUUUAGACAGUUGAUUUUGAUUGUUUGUAGGGCUAUAUUUGUUGGUUAUCUUAAAGUUCCUUGUCGAAAUGUAUUUGUUAGGUAUGAUCUUGUGUAUUUACACUUUGUAAUGAUGUGCAUAAGCUCUUGUAAGAUUUUUGCCCCUUUUUUCCGCCUACUGUAUAUUUGAUAGAGAACUGUAAUGAGUUUAUUUGAA